ACGGCCUGCUGAUUCUAGAAUGUUGGGUGUUGGGUGUUGGAAUCUUCUGGUCCUGUGACAUGGUCUUGCCUCCCCACCCUGUCGUCAUGGCGGAGCAGCCUGGUGGCCCUUAGUGAUGUCACAAGAGGCUGGAAUGAGGGGAGGAGCAGUGCGUGCUGCGUCCCUUCAUUGGAGCGCUUGAGCUCUGCGUGAGUAGCUCGCUUGUUGCCCUUGUGCAGCGACUGAGUGCCUUCAUUUUCACCCCUUGUGUCUUGUGCAGCAUCUUGUAGGUAAGCUGAGACAGGGCGUGGGAUAGAGGGGUGGGCAGUGAGCUAUUGAAAACUGCUGGCUGGUGGAGCUCCUAGCAGCUCACACUGCUUACUCUUGUCCAUCAGACGUAACUUUCAGCCAGUACCUGCAUUCCCAAGCGAUCCACAAAGAUGGCAUUUGUCCCAUGGCUUUUCCCUUGUCAUCUUUGCUCCAUUGUGCAAGCUCACAGACCUGUUCCUUCUCUCUCCUCUACCCGCUCCCUUGGUGCAGCUUUCUCUCGUGGAAGCACAGAGCAAAGUGACAAGAAACAGCUGCGAGUUCAAGGAAUUGUCUACCUUGUUCUGAUCUCCUGCCAGCUUGUCGUGCCUGCUGUGAUGGGCGUCGCGUGCAGCGAGAUCAGCUGUGGGCCUGACAUGGCACGGAUGGAGGCUGAGAACAACGGGAAGCCCCUGCUGGUCCGUGAGGAGUCAUCUCUUAAUAUCCCAGCUAUUGCUGCUGCCCACGUUAUUAAGAGAUACGUUGCCCAGGCACCGGGUGAACUCUCCUUGGAGGUGGGAGACCUCGUGUGCGUCAUCGAGAUGCCGCCUCAGGAGCUGAGCCCCCGCUGGAGAGGCAAGCACGGCUUUCAGGUUGGAUUUUUCCCUGGUGAGUGUGUGGAGCUCAUUAACGGAAAAAUCCCGGAGUCUCUCAUCAAUUCAGUGCCAAAGCCAGUGCCAAAGAAGCGCGGCAAGCUCCUCACCUUCCUUCGUUCCGUGGUGAAGGCCCGCCCAAAGCAACGGAAAGAGCGGGAGGUGGAGAAGGAGAGGGUGUUCGGCCGUGACCUGGGAGAGCAUCUUCUUCACUCUGGUCGUGAUGUCCCCCAGGUCCUCCAGAGCUGCGCCGAGUUCAUCGAGCAGCAUGGCGUGGUGCAGGGGAUAUACCGCCUGUCCGGCGUGGCGUCCAACGUCCAGAGACUGCGCCAGGAAUUUGAGUGUGAGCAGGUUCCUGAGCUAACCGUCCGCGACGUUCACAGCGCGAGCUCCCUCUGCAAAAUGUACUUCAGGGAGCUCCCGACCCCCCUGCUGACCGACCAGCUGUACGACAAGUUCUCGGAUGCUGUUGGUGCCACUACAGAGGAGGAGCGGCUGGUCAGAAUGCGGGACGUCAUCCAGCAGCUGCCCGCUCCUCACUACAGGACCCUGGUGUUCCUGAUGAGACACUUGGCCUGUCUUGCUGCAAACAGCUCUGUCACCAACAUGCAUGCUAAGAACUUAGCCAUUGUGUGGGCUCCAAACCUCCUAAGAUCACAGCAGAGCGAGUCUGCCUGCGCCAGCGGGAGAGCUGCCUGCACGGAACUGCAGACGCAGUCGGCUGUGGUGGAAUUCAUCAUCGACCACACAGACGUCCUCUUCUGCUCCACAUCCGGAUCGGACAUUGCAGAUGGAGCAGGGCACAGUUCUCUCUCAGGGCCCCAGUCUGUGCAGGCGUCUUCUCCUGCCACAGAGCUGCUCAGCCUGGAGGAGGCGCAGGCACGGAGGCGAGGCCACAGCAGCUCUCCUGUCGCUGUGACAGAGAGCAGGGACAUAGAGGUGGAAGAAGGCCCCACAGCUGUACGGGGGAAAUUCCACACAGUCAUCGACUUUCCACCUGAAAGACCAAGUCCACCCAGCAAGAUAAAGGAAUCACCAGCUGGCUGUUGGUGUUCCUGCUUCAGCCUGGGGAAACCAUCGUCUGGGGCCAAACGCCAGCCACAGCACCAUCCCAGGGAGCCCUCAGAAACAGAAAUCGUAGUGCUGGCAGAUGAACUGAGCCCUUGUCCACCCAGAAGAGCUGGAGAAAGUAGCGAAGCUGGGCUGUGUGCUUCCACCAAUGGAGAGCUCUUGGGAAGCACAAAUGGCUGCGGAUCACGUGACAGCCUUGCACGUAACAACAGUGAUGGAGAGAGGGAGCUCAUCCAAGUUGAAGCCCUCAUUUCUCCCGGCUGUGCUGAAGAUGCUGACCUGUGCCCACCAGGCACCGCAGUCACCAGCCUGGACUGUGACCCGGCACCUUUGCAGUGCAGCCCAGCCCAAGUACAGUCCGAGUGCCCGGACAGCAACACCUCUGUGCAGGAGCAGGUCAGCAUCAGCGAGGAGGAGCAGCAGAGCCUCUUGGAGGGGGGCGUACAAUCAGGCCUCCAGUCCCAGGCACCGUGCAGCAUCUCUGAGAGCUCUGAGCCACUCUCUACGUGA